CAGUUUUGCGUCUGCGUCCUUGCUUCCACUGCUCUGGUCUGGUGUCCAACCCAAGUGCAAGCUCGAGCCCAAUUCAAUCAUGAAGGUCACUAUCAAAGAGUGGAACGCCGUCGCGACUUGGCGCUGGGAUAUGCCCGACGAUGAGGUCUGUGGUAUCUGCCGCGUUCAGUUCGAUGGUACCUGUCCGACCUGCAAGUUUCCUGGCGACGAUUGCUCUUUACUGCUUGGGAAAUGUGGUCAUUCCUUUCAUAUGCACUGUUUGAUGACAUGGAUCCAGCAAGAGUCCUCCAAGGGGCUCUGUCCCAUGUGCCGGCAGAAAUUCGAAUGGAAACAAAAUGACGAAGAACAACAACACCAACAACAACCACAACAAUAGUUGAUGAAGGGCCAUCUGCUGGUUAUUCGAGAAAGGCGUUGACAGGAUCAGCUACUAUGAUACCCAUUCCAUUCUACCUGUUUGAAUCACUCGUUGUUAUAUGCAUUUCUGCUUCUCCUCCUCAUUCAUGUACAUAUACCCCUUCACCCCUUCCCGCAAUCAUCCUAAGCAGUG